UGCCAUCCAUUCCCUUGGAUGUUAUUUCAGCAUCCAACUCCUCAUCCCAACUGAUCGUAAAGUGGAAUCCUCCCUCGCUUCCCAAUGGGAACCUCUCUUACUACAUCGUACGAUGGCAGCAGCAACCUCAGGACAGUUACCUUUACAGGCACAAUUACUGCUCCAAAGAUAAAGUCCCAAUUCGAAGGUACGCUGAUGGGACCAUUGAUACAGAAGAAGCUACUGAACCCACCAAGCCAGAGGGCUGCGGAGGAGAAAAAGGACCUUGUUGUGCUUGUCCCAAGACAGAGGCAGAAAAGCAAGCUGAGAAGGAGGAAGCAGAGUACCGGAAAGUCUUUGAGAACUUCCUUCACAACUCCAUCUUUGUCCCCAGACCCGAUCGGAAGCGGAGGGACGUCUUCCGAAUCGCAAACGCCACUUUGGCCACUCGCAACAGGAACGCGACUGGGACAGAUCACUUCACCAACGUUUCUGACGCGGAGGAGAGUGAGGUGGAAUACCCGUUCUUUGAGACCAAAGUGGACGGCAAGGAGAGAACCGUCAUCUCCCACCUGCAGCCUUUUACUCUGUACCGCAUCGAUAUUCACAGCUGCAACCAUGAGGCUGACACGCUUGGCUGUAGCGCUUCCAACUUUGUCUUUGCAAGAACCAUGCCUUCAGAGGGAGCAGAUAACAUUCCAGGAACGGUAGCGUGGGAAGCAAAAGAAGAAAAUACCGUCUACCUGAAGUGGUUAGAGCCUGCAAAUCCAAAUGGGCUGAUACUCAUGUAUGAAAUCAAAUACGGGCAGCAUGGAGAGGAGAAGCGGGAGUGUGUUUCCAGACAGGAAUACAAGAAGCUGGGAGGAGCUAAACUAACUCAUCUGAACCCUGGAAACUAUUCUGCUAGAGUUCAGGCCACUUCGUUAGCUGGAAACGGGUCGUGGACUGAGCCAGUCUCUUUCUAUGUGCAGCCCAAAUCAGCAAACUAUGGAAACUUCCUGCACUUGGUAAUUGUGCUCCCUAUUGCCUUCCUGCUCAUCAUUGGGGGAUUACUGAUAAUGCUGUAUAUCUUCAACAAAAAGAGGAACAGUGACAGACUGGGCAAUGGAGUGCUUUACGCUUCUGUGAACCCCGAGUACUUCAGUGCUUCAGAUGUGUAUGUUCCAGACGAAUGGGAGGUGCCCCGUGAGAAGAUCACCAUGUGUCGGGAGCUUGGGCAAGGCUCCUUCGGAAUGGUGUACGAGGGAAUAGCCAAGGGAGUGGUGAAGGAUGAGCCGGAGACCAGGGUGGCCAUCAAGACUGUCAAUGAGUCCGCAAGCAUGCGUGAGAGGAUCGAGUUCUUAAACGAGGCCUCGGUGAUGAAGGAGUUCAAUUGUCACCAUGUGGUUCGGCUGCUUGGUGUUGUUUCUCAGGGCCAGCCUACGCUGGUUAUCAUGGAGCUGAUGACACGUGGGGACCUCAAAAGUUACCUGAGAUCAUUGAGGCCAGACACAGAGAGUAAUCCUGGCCAGGCACCUCCAACUCUGAAGAAGAUGAUUCAGAUGGCAGGAGAGAUUGCUGAUGGGAUGGCAUACCUCAACGCCAACAAAUUCGUUCACAGAGACCUUGCUGCGAGAAACUGCAUGGUGGCAGAAGACUUCACGGUGAAAAUCGGAGAUUUUGGCAUGACGAGAGAUAUCUACGAGACAGAUUAUUAUCGUAAAGGAGGGAAAGGUCUGCUGCCUGUCCGCUGGAUGUCCCCGGAAUCGCUGAAGGACGGAGUCUUCACAACGCACUCCGAUGUCUGGUCUUUCGGUGUUGUCCUCUGGGAGAUCGCGACCUUAGCGGAGCAGCCCUACCAAGGCAUGACCAAUGAACAAGUGCUCCGCUUCGUGAUGGAAGGAGGGCUGCUGGAAAAACCGGACAAUUGUCCUGACAUGCUGUUUGAGCUGAUGCGGAUGUGCUGGCAGUACAACCCGAAGAUGCGGCCCUCCUUCCUGGAAAUCAUCGGUAGCAUUAAAGACGAGCUGGAUCCAGCCUUCAAAGAGGUCUCCUUCUUCUACAGUGAAGAGAACAAGCCGCCAGACACAGAGGAGCUUGACCUGGAGACUGAAAACAUGGAGAGCAUUCCUUUAGAUCCCUCCUCCACCCUCCAACCCACUGACAAGCACUCAGGACACAAAGCCGAGAACGGCCCGGGCGUGGUGGUGCUUCGGGCCAGCUUCGAGGAGAGACAGCCGUACGCACACAUGAACGGGGGACGCAAGAACGAGAGGGCCUUACCGCUGCCCCAGUCGUCGGCCUGCUGAUCCUUAAACCAGAAUCUCACCCAAACAGAACACACACAAACACGCGCGUCGGGGGAAGAAAGAAAAGUACAAUAUAUUCACAAGCCUACUGUACCUCAGUGGAUCUUCAGAACUGCCGUAGCUGCACUUGGGAGAACACUUUUUUCAGUAAACAAGUUACCGUAUUUUUCUUUUUUCGAUAUGCAAGCAGAUGUUUGUUUCAGUAACGGACUCCAUUCAUGGGGCACACAGUCGGCCUUUUAGAACUCUGAUGUUAAUACUUAAUAGCAACAGAAAACUUGAGAUCUGAUGUCUCUCUCCUCUCUCUUCUUUCUCUCUCUUUCUGUCUCUCUCUUAGCUUCGUAAUGGGAAACAUAUCUGCGUGCAAGUUCAACCGUACAGCACUUUGAUCAGAUCAAAGAUAUCGCAGGCCAGGUGGCUCCCAGUUCCCCUGCAAACACCUGCCUAACACUGUAGGUCUUUCUAAAAAACAACCAACCCACG